AUGCUCCCUGCCUACCAGGUGCCUGUAUCCCCGGAUAGGAACUUCUACGGCCGGGAUUAUGCGCUCAAUGCGAUGCAAAAAGCCAUAUGCGGCGUUGCUGAAGACGAAGCUGUGGACAACAAGCCUGUAAGCUGGCCGAGAUGUUACGCAAUUUACGGACCUGGUGGUAUGGGGAAAACCCAAAUCGCAGCAGAAUUUGUGGCCAAGCACAGAACCAAGUUUGAUGCGAUCUUAUGGGUUCAUGCAGAAGAUGCAGGGAAGAUAGCGCAGGACUACAAAGACUUGGCCAUUGGCUUGGGUCUGGUGGCAGCUGAUUCUCGAGAUGCGAUGGACUUGAACUACACAAGGGAUGUGUUGAAAGGGUGGCUGGUCAAUCCGGAGAAAGAUAGAUCACGCGAAAGCGGGAAAACGCAAGGAAAAGCUUCCUGGCUUCUGGUCUUCGAUGGCGUGGAGGAUGGCGAAGUGUUGAAUGGCUUCUGGCCAUAUAACGGCCCGGGCUCUGUUCUCAUCACUAGUCGCAACCCGUACUCAUGGUCUGCAUCUCUGGAGCUGAAACCAUUCAGCGUACCCGAGGCUACGCAGUACUUAUUCCACGUGACCGGCAAAGAACCCAUUGCCGGUUAUGAGAUGACAGCAGCAACAACCAUUGCCAAUCGUUUGGGCGGUCUACCUCUAGCCCUCAGUCAAAUGGGCUCUAUCGUUGCAUCCAAGAAUAUGUCAUUUGCGGACUUCCUCUAUUCUUUCGAGGAUCAUGAAGGGUCACAGGCCUUCUUUGACUGGCAAACUCCCGAUAAAUCGCGCUCGACAAGCAACUAUCAGUCCAACGUGGCUUCUGUUUGGGCCUUUGACCGCCUUGGAAAAGGCGUAGCGCUUAUCAACAUCAUUUCUAUGCUGGACCCUGACGCAAUCCCAGAAUCUAUCUUCACUUCUCCAAUAAAGGAUGACGACUCUGAGUUAGUUCAAUCUGUCAAAAAUGACUACGUUGCUGCGCGCACCGAACUCUUGGCGCGAUCGCUCCUCACCAGCAACAAGGAGAAAAGAAAGCUAUCAGUACACAGGCUGGUACAAGAUGUAGCACGAGCCAGAUUGCGUCAGCCUGAGAUGAGGAAAUACUUCCUUGCAUGUGUGGAAUUGAUCAACGAUAGGUGGACUUUUCAGGAGCUCACCUGGAGACAUGGCAUCGCUCGCUGGGAGAAUUGCGAGGAGUUGUUUCCCCACAUACAGCGCCUCAAGACUGUAUUUCCGUUGAUUACGCCAUUCCCAGACUCAUUUGACGACUACGAGUUUGCGAAGCUCCUCAUAGAUAGUGGUUGGUAUCAACACGAACGUGGCCAGUCGCCGGAUGCGAUCUACUCCAACAACAUGGCCCAGUCGAUAUGCGAGUCUCUCAAGCUCCGUUUGCUGGAGCGCCCCGAACUCGCGCAUGGCAGCACGGUAACUCUCUCGAUGCUAAACUAUUCGCUUACCGAGAUUGCACACAACAGGGGAUGCAUAGCUCUUGAGAUCAACGAGCCAACUGAUGCAUUGCAGUAUCAUACGAUGUUCAAUGAAGAAAUGGUAAAAGAAAGCUUGAAGAGUGACACCGAGGACAUGCGUCUCGCCAUCUCUUGGAACGAGUUGGGAAACGCGCACAUGCUCAACCGGGACUGGAAGAGAGGAGAAGAAUGCUUCUUAAAGUCCAUCGAAGAAAUGCGCAAGUACCGCAAGUUCAGUGAGACCAUGAUCUCGCUACCCCUCGCUAAUCUGGGUCUGGCGUAUUGGCUACAAGGAAACAACGAGCUAGCUUCUAGGACCCUCAAAAAGGGGCUGCGAGACCGCGAAAAUGAGUUCGGUAAAGAAGAUCGGGUAUCUUUCAUCACCGGCCGCUUCCUUCACGCCUUGGGAAAUAUGAAAUCCAGUCUAGACUACCACCGCCGUGCACUUAUGCACUACAAGUCAACUCUUGGCAACCGACAUCACCGUACCGCCGACGUCUUCGUCAAAGUCGCAGAGCACCAUAUAAAUCUGGGGAACUACGACAUGGCACUUGCUCUCCUCAAUCAUGCUCUUGAGGCAUUCUCCAAUUCUCAUACGUAUAUGCCCGAGAAGACCCGAGCGUGCUGGAUGCGGUACAAAGCGUUGAGUGGAUUGGGGAAGAAAGAAGAGGCAGAAAUUGAGUUGGCGAACUGUUAUCAGGUUUACUCCCGGCUUCGGAGUAAGCGUGAAGGUUAUGGGCCAACGUUCAAAGAGAAGUCGAGCGAGCUUGACGAUGAUGACAUUGAUGAUCUUAUUGUGUUCUGGUCGAAGUGA